AUGGUUUUUGAUAAAAUUGGCCUUGCUUGGGGCUUCAAGGAUGAGCUGACACGGCUUUGUGACUCGGUACAGACGAUUCACGUUGUGCUGGCUAAUACAGAGAAAAGGCAAGUGGGAGAAGAGUGCGUGAGGCUUUGGCUGCAGAGGCUUAAAGAUGUUGCUUAUGAAGCUGAUGACGUGUUAAGUGAGCUUGCUUAUGAGGAUCAUCGGCAAAAGGUAGAGAUCCAAAACCAAAUGAAGUGCAUGAUGGCCAACAAAGUUAAGACUAUUGUUGAUUCACUAAAAAGGAUUAAUGCUGAAGCAAAUGGAUUUGGACUUAAAGCCGAAUCAAUAAAUGCUAACCUUGAUACUAUGCUAAACCGAGAGACAAACAGCUUUAUUGAUAAUUCAGAAGUUGUAGGAAGGGAAGAUCGUGUUUCAAAAAUAGUGGAGUUAGUAACAAAUACAACUAGUGAAAAACUCUCAAUCAUUCCCAGAGUUGGAAUGGCAGAUUAUGAGAUUAAAAAGGAAGAAUUAAUUCUUCUUUGGAUGGCUGAAGGGUUCCUUCAACCAUCUCAAGGAAGUAGUUCAAUGAUGGAGGAUAUUGGGAACAAGCAUUUUGAUAUCUUGUUAACAAAUUCCUUAUUCCAGGAUGUGGAAAAGGAUGAUUAUAAUAAUGUUAAGAGUUGUAAGAUGCAUGAUUUGGUACAUGAUCUUGCCCUCUCAAUUUCAAAUUUUGAAACUUUGAUUUUGGAGAAAGAUUCACAGGAUAAUAUCAAUCAUGUACAGGAUGACAUCAAUUAUGUAUGGCGUUUAUUAAUCCAAUAUGAUGGGGAAAUAGUACCAAAAAUUCCACUUUCAAAUGACCAUGUUCGGAGAAUGCGAACACUAGUUUUAGAAAAUGCUAUGUCUGGAAACAUAUUUUCAGGUUUUAAAUGCUUGCGUGUUCUAAAAUUAUCUGGGCAUCAGAUAACAGAGUUAUCAGACUCAAUUGGUUGCUUGGUACACUUGAGGCUUCUCCACAUCUCAAAGACUAAAAUCAAAGCAUUACCAAACUCCAUCACCAAGCUCUACAAUUUGCAAACUUUAAGACUUGAAGGUUGCAAUGAUCUUAAAGAGCUUCCAAAAGAUCUAAAAAUAUUGGAUAACUUGAGGCAUAUUUAUGUCAAUAUUUAUUUUCUUAACAUCAAGCGAUUACUGAAAUAUAUGGGGAAUUUGAAAUGUCUACAAACGUUGUCAUUUUUCCCGGUGGGUCAAGAUGUAGGUGAGCAGAUUAAGGAAUUGGGGUGCUUGAAUCAACUUAGUGGAGAAUUAGACAUUUGGAAUCUAGAGAAUGUGAGAGAUCAAGAAGAAGCUAGAAGUGCAAAUUUAGCAAUAAGGGCGAAAAUGAACCAGUUAAGAUUUCACUGGAGUCUUAGUCCAAAUAAAGCAGUCAACCAUUGUAAUGAUGAAGAAGUGUUCAAAGGCCUCCGUCCUCAUCAAAAUUUGAAAUCCAUAACAAUUGAUGGCUUUGGUGGAAAGAAAUUCCCAUCAUGGAUGUCACUUUUUGACAAUAUGAUCCAGAUAAAUUUAAUUUGCACUACAAAAAAGAUUGCUAUUUGCGACGAAACUUUUUCGACGGCUACAAAAAGCUGUCGGAAAAACUAG